ACGCCCAUUAUGCUCUUGCACUCUUACCCCCAUGUCCGCCGUGGCUGAAUGGAAAUAAACUCCUUUGCACAACUGUUGUGUCUGCAACACUUAUUUAUAGUUUAUGGCCGAUUCACUGAACGUCCCACCUCAGUCCCAAGCUACUGAUAGUCUCCUGAGACGACUGGCGGGACCUUCGACGACUAAGGCAGGUCUUGCUACGGAUCAGACUGAUAUUAAUCGCGUCAUUGCGGAGGCGUCCAAAGGCUCCAAAUUCUACGAGAACGAGAAACGGAAGGAUAAAGAUCUUACUAAGAAGAUCGAAAGGAUAUUAAAACAGCGUGACGAGGCUCGGAAAGGUGUGGACAUAGCUCAUGUAGAGCACAGCGUUGAUCAGCUACUCGCCAAGAUGGAGGCUCAGCGAGACCUUAGUCAGAUCAUUGUGCAUGUCGACAUGGACGCAUUCUAUGCCAAUGUAGAGCUUCUGGAUAACCCUCGCCUCAAGGGAACUAUUUUUGCUGUUGGCCAUGGUGUACUCACGACUGCAUCGUAUGAAGCUCGGAAGUUCGGGAUCCGGUCGGGAAUGCCAGAAUAUAUCGCCAAGAAAUUAUAUCCAGAUCUUGUAGUCCUCCCAUGUAACUUCGGUCGAUACAGCGAGAUGUCAAAGAAAGUCAUGGACAUCUUCCGUAGGUACGACCCUAACAUGUGUGCUGCAAGCGUGGAUGAAGGCUAUCUCAAUAUCACCCAUUAUUGCGAAGAACAUGUUCUGACAGCAGAAGAGUGUGUUCAGCAAAUGCGCCAAACUGUAGAAAUGGAGACAAGGCUGACAGUGAGCGCAGGGAUUGCCCCUAAUAAGAUGCUUGCUAAGAUAUGUUCCGACAGGAACAAACCAAAUGGCCAGUUCAAGCUCGAUUUCAAUCCUCAGGCUGUCAAAGCCUUCAUGCAAGAUCUUUCAAUUCGUAAAGUUCCUGGCAUCGGGCGUGUCAACGAACGUCUGCUAGAGUCCAUUGGCAUUAGGACGUGUGGCGACAUCUACACCCACCGUGCCGCACUUUCUCUUAUGGAUAAGCAGUUUGGUUUACACUACCUCCUACAGACUUAUCUGGGAAUCGCAUCAAAUCAUGUUGAGCCUUAUCAUCGUGACGAGCGAAAGAGCAUAGGUGCUGAAAGAACGUUCUCUGCUAUCAGCGAGAAGGAGAAGAUAUUUAAGAAGCUCGAGGAAGUAGCUGCUGAGUUGGAGGAUGAUAUGGAGAAUCGUGGAUGGACCGGGAAGACCGUCACUUUGAAAUAUAAGUUGGAUACGUACAAAGUGUACACUCGUGCCAAAUCUUUCGAUCGUUGGAUAUCAACCAAGAAGGAGGACCUAUUCGCGAUCGGCAAAGAACUUUUGUUACCGGAACUUCCUCUUAGGAUCCGACUCAUAGGACUUCGCGUGACCAAACUCAAAGAUCUUCGGGAAGACGCUGAUUCGAAACCAGGUGGCAUCAAACGGUUCUUUGAAUCUACCAGUGCAUCCAGUUCUCCGCGGAAGAAGAGAAAAGUUGACGUCCACCAGGAUGAAGGGCCUCGGCUGUCACAAGAUGGCUACGAGGAGGCUAUGCCCGGAUUUCAUGAUGAAGAUGAGGAAGAGCUAGAAGACGAAGACGAUAUCGACUAUUUGGAGCAUCCGCCUGGGGGUAAACCGAUAUCAUCAGCAUCCACGUUCGCCACUCCUGUUGCGUCUGGCUCGAAAAUGUCAUCAAAGCCUACUUCAAUGUCAAGAUUAACUGCGAAACGAGAUUUUUCCACAGGUCCAUCCCGAUCUACAUCACCAGAAAAACCUUCCCCGUCUAAACACUGCACCAAACCUCCAUCCCGUGCUGCAGAACCUGGAGGGGAAGUCCAAUCUCAAAUCUGUCCUAUAUGCUCUCGGACGAUGGAGAUGGACAAUACUGCGUUCAACGCUCAUAUCGAUUUUUGUUUGAGCAAGGGAGCAAUCAUGGAGGCUCAGGUUGAGGCGUCCUCCUCGUCGAACUCAAGACGCUCGACGUCUGUCCGACCCUCUCCGCGGAAACACGGCCCUUCCAAGAAAUUAUUACGCAGAGGUAGAGGCCGAUGAAGUACCCUACCCCUUGAAUCUUAGAAUACAUCAUCUUUACGUGUACUUUCUUUAAGAAAACGCGCUACCAUGCUUAUUUAUGGCAUAAAGAAGGUGCAAUAGUGGGUACGUCUUGCUAUCUCUCCCUGCUCGUUCAAUUACGCUUAUUAUUUCGGCAUUAUCAAUGUCCGAGAGUCUUGAAAUAGCCAAAUAUAUCGCCAUUACUUAACGACCUUCCCUGCUGUCGUGGUGAACCUUGUCUGGUAGAACCGAUCCGCACGCUGCACACAAAUAUCUUGUUUCCUUCC